GGAGGUCGAGCUCCUAACAGAGCGUCGCCCGAGAAUCACGUCAUUGUCCCGCGACGAGCCUGCGAAGAUGGCUUCGUUACAGAAGGGGAAGAAAGUGGUAAAUCAAGACGAUUUACGGCGGUUAAUGAGGGAGAAGAAGCGGUCGACGGAGCGGGAGAAGCGCGUGGAAUCGCCGUACGCCAAAUACAACAGUGUGGGUCAGCUGAGCUGCGCGCUGUGCAACGCGCCCGUCAAAUCCGCGCUGCUGUGGCAGACUCACGUGCUGGGAAAACAACACAAGGACAGAGUCAGCGAGCUGAAGAACAGAGACAGCACUCCGACACCUGCUCCUUCAUCAUCAUCAUCAUCAUCAUCAUCGCUGAAGAGAGGCGCGCCGGAGCCCGUGUGUUCUUCAUCCUCCUCAUCCUCAGGGAAAAGAGCCAAGAGUCACACCACUGCAGGUGCAGCCGCGGGACAGCCGGAGCAGACGGCCGUAUCUUCCCGUCAGUCAGCAGGUCUCGGGCUCCUCGUCGGACACUAUGAUGAUGAUGAUGAUGAAGACACCAGCAGUGCAGCUCCAGCUGAGGAGCCGGUCCCGGCCGCCGGCCUCCCUGCGGAUUUCUUCGACAGCAGCGUCUCCGCCGCGCCGCCGGCCGUCUCUCACUCCGGCUCCGUGUCCAAAGCCGAGGACGGGGACGAGACGGCGCCGGAGAAGAAGGACAACACGGCCGAAGCUUUACCCGAGGGCUUCUUCGACGAUCCGGUGCGCGACGCCAAAGUGCGUAACGUGGACACGCCCCGAGAUCACAUGGACCGUGAGUGGGAGGAGUUCCAGAAGGAGAUGCGGCAGGUGAACACCGCGUCCGACGCCAUCGUAGCUGAAGACGACGAGGAAGGGCGGCUGGAGCGGCAGAUUGAUGAGAUCGACGAGCAGAUCCAGUGCUUUCGCCGCGUGGAGGUAUUACGCGCCAAACAGGAAGUAGUGAAGAGCGCGCUGAGGAGAGAGAGACGGCAGCGGGACGAGCCGCGGUCGGCCGGCGGCGAGGAGGAGGAUGAGGAAGAGCUGAUGCACGUGCUGACGCAGGACUGGAGGGCCAAAGGAGCGCUGGCGUGAUCAAACACACGUUACCUGCUGAAGAACUCAUUUCUGACCUGUUUCUCUGGAGUGAUGAUGAUGAUGAAGAUGAUGAUGAUGUGUGUUCAUACAGAGACUCGUUAAAUCAGAAGCAGUGUGAACUGUCUAUAAAGCACAGCAGCUUCAGAGUUUGUACAUGUUUGAUUGUUCCUGCACAAAUCUUUAAUAAUCCUCUGAUGUCCUUCAGUUACCGUGUUAUUAUUGUUUAACUCUUUAUUCACAAUACACAUCUUUACACGACUCAUGUUUGUUUAAGACUGCAAUGCCUAAUAAAAGCAGACUUGAGCAGAUGAUAGGAUAGUUCUCUUACAGAGACGAUAUAAUCAAGAUUUCUGCUGUGCAUCGAAUGGUUAGGCAGGAUAUAUAUAUAAUCUCUGAACCCAUUCAGCUGCACACAAUUUGAAGAUCAUUUGCGAUGUACAGAUUUCUCAUCUGGAAGAGAGACGUACAUGUUCGUCCUCUGAAUCACAUACACAGAUUAGAGAAAUGAUAUUAAGAUCAAAUGUAGGAUGUUUUCUACACAUUUUAUUAAAGAAACCCCUGGAGCCAAGGAAGAUUGUGAAGUUUCAGGCUGUAGGUUUGCGUCUGUAUGGUCUGGGAUAAAAAGGUUUUAUAUAGAUCUAAAUAAAGUGAUGGAAGCUGUUAA